GAAAUGGGAUGAGCAAUCAGAUAGACUAUGAAAGAAAAGAAAAAUCUUCACGGUAGACUGUUUGCUUGCACUCGGAGCGACAAUAAUACACCUCUCGUUUGGCAGUUUGGGGGCCAUCGCUGAGUGUCCUUUUUGGUCCUGUUUAAGUGACAGUCUCGAAAUCUUGAUGUUCUCCUUGCCACCACCACCGAAUCCCACCACAGAAUUUCCCCGCGCCAACCCCAACGCCAACCUCGAUGGCCGAGACCCGCGUCGAUCUGUCCGUAGCGCAAACAAACAUGGGCGAUAACACCGCGGAGAGCGGCAAUUCCGCUGCUGGGCAGGAAUCGUAUUCGGCCUUCUUCUAUGGAACCUUGGUACAAACCCCCUCCAAGCCAGUCAACCACCUUCACUACUAGCGGGCGAGCGGCGGCAAACCUUGCCGUCGCCAACUCCAUGCCGCUUUAGGCAUCUCCGCUGCGACCGUGCGUCUCUAGCAUGUCCAACCACCUUUUUCUAACCCAAACAACCGGAUGGGGCGAAUAAACAGAUGGCGCCCGAGGUCUUCUUCACCGUCUGCUUCCGGCUCAGCAACCCGCCGGCCGAGGUGCGCGACAAGUACCGGUUCCGCCCGGCCGUGCUGCCCGGCUACUGCCGGCACCGGGUGCAGCACGCCGACUACCCGGGCGUGGUCGCCGACGCCGCCACGCCCGGCCGCGAGGUCCGCGGCGCCUUCGUCGACGGCCUGACGGCCGAGAACGUGGCCAAGCUCGACUACUUCGAGGGCAGCGAGUACACGCGCCGCACCGUCCGCGUCCGCCUGCUGGACGUCGACGACGGCAGCGGCGGCGCAGAGGUCGAGACGCAGACUUAUGUCUACAGGUUCAAGGAUAACCUCGACGAUGAGGAGUGGGACUUUGACGAGUUCCGCAGGGACAAGCUUAGGCAGUGGGUGAGGGAGGACUACGUUUUUGCUGACUGCGAUCCCGACCACCCGGCCACGGUCGCGACGGAGGACGGAGAUGAGGCAAAGCAGAGCUAGGGAGAAGAGUCGGUUUUCACCCCAUUCACCAAAAGGAGGCUGGGAUGAGGGCGGCGAGGCGCUCGAGCUGUGUGACGGUGCCGUGUGCUACCCAUCUCCGACGACACUAGGAGGGGCACCGAGACACUUCCCCCAAAUGCAGAGGCUCUGGGCGGCGGCGCCAUGUCUUCUGUGGGUGAUGAGGGAAUAAAAGACAAAAACCGAGUCACCAAAUCGGAAAACCUGCCUCGAUCCCGGGAGAUGUAGCAGAGGAGAGCACGGGCAUCAUGUGGAAAUAGAGGUGGAGUUAUCAAAGGGAGGCAACACUGGGAAGAUGCGAAGAGGCAAACGAGGUGGCGUCGACCCCAGAAAGCGCCGCUAGAGUCGGAUUAUGACAAUAGACAAAUUCGACCUAUAGUCGGCAAGGCUCAAGUUCAACCUGACA